AUGCCUGGUAUUACGAUGAUCAGCGCGACGCCCAGUCCAUUCGCGCGCAUGAAUAGGAUUGCAUUGAUCGAAAAGGGCGUUCCAUUCGAGCUGCGCAAUGAGAUUCCCUGGUGAGGCUUCUGUUAGAUCUCCGAAGCGACGCUGGCUCAUGUAGCGACAGGCACAAGGACACGGAAACACCCAAGUACAAUCCACUCGAGAAGCUUCCUAUCCUCUUGUUCGACGACGGUCGCGAGCCAGUGUACGACAGCUCUCACAUCCAGGAAUAUAUCGUGCAAAAGUAUGCAGACAAAGCGCCUAGACUCAUCACUGGAGACGUGGAUACCGACUUGAAGGCACGUCAGAUCCAGACCCUUGCGCAAGGGAUUCUGGAUGCCUAUGUCCUGGUGUUCUUCGAAUCCAGCCGGCCGCAAGACAAGCAGAGCUCGGAAUGGAUGGCACGGCAGAAUCGCAAGAUUGACGGAGGCCUGAAAGCGUUCGAAGAGCUGGUCAAGAAGCGAGAGAGUGGUUCUGAAUACCUGCUUGCAAAUCAAUUCACGAUUGCGGAUAUUGCUUUGAGUUGCUGCAUUGCACAGAUAGAUUUUGGCAAGAUGCGACCGCAGUGGCAAGAGGAGUAUCCCGAAUUGAAGAAAUACUGGGAGAAGAUGGAGACCAAAGAGUCGUUCAAACAGACGACGCCUGUUAUGUUUGACAUCAGGCGGGAUACAGUGGUUUAG